AUAUAAAUCCAAGGCGAGCUCGAUAGCAGUACAGCGUGCUGAUUUCGUAUCAUCACAUAAUCGUCGUCGACAUGAAGUCUUUGGCAGUUCUGGUUUGCCUGGUGGCGAUUGCAAGCGAUACCUUCAUGCCGCUUCAUGGUGCCUUUAAUCCUGAAAUGGCAAGGUUAUUCCUCCAAAACCAAGGUGGCAUAAAAGGACAGCAGGAGAUUCAGAUUGAACCUCAAAGAGCUCAACAACAACAACAACAACAAAUUCAACACGCCGAAGAAAUAUUUAGACUAGUUGGAAGAAAAUUACAACAGCAAAAAGAAGAACAACAUUCGAAGGAUAUUGGAAGAAAACUACAGCAGCAGAAGCAAGAGGAACAAUGGAAACAGCUUGGAAGAAAACUUCAAAAAGAAAAGCAUCAAUAUCAUAACACGAACAAUCUCAGACAACGAGGCCCUGACGGUGACUGCGAAGAGCAAACACAACAACUUCCGCCCCAGCAGCAGCAGCAUCAGCAGCAGUGGGGUCACAGGCGACGUGCCCCAGAUUGUACGGUUGAUGACAUUGACUGUGAAGAGCAAACACAACAACUUCCGCCCCAGCAGCAGCAGCCGCAGCAGCAGCAGCAGCAGUGGGGUCACAGGCGACGUGCCCCAGAUUGUACCUUAGAUGACAUUGACUGUGAAGAGCAAACACAACAACCUCCGCCCCAGCAGCCGCAGUGGAGUCACAGGCGACGUGCCCCAGAUUGUACGGUUGAUGACAUUGACUGUAAAGAGCAAACACAACAACUUCCGCCCCAGCAGCAGCAGCCGCAGCAGCAGCAGUGGGGUCACAGGCGACGUGCCUCAGAUUGUACCUUAGAUGACAUUGACUGUGAAGAGCAAACACAACAACUUCCGCCCCAGCAGCAGCAGCAGCAGCCGCAGCAGCAGCAGCAGUGGGGUCACAGGCGACGUGCCCCAGAUUGUACCUUAGAUGACAUUGACUGUGAAGAGCAAACACAACAACCUCCGCCCCAGCAGCGGAGACAACGCGACGAAGGCGAUGACUCCGAAGACCAAACACAACAGCCGCCCCAACAGCAGCAGCAGCAGUUUUACCCACGACGGAACCAUCCACAAGACCCCCAAUGCCUGAUAUUCCCUGAACGUUGUGAUUAUGUCGAAGGAGAACGACAAUUUAGGCAGAUCGGAAAGAAGUUGCAACACCAGAAGGAAGUAGAACAAUGGAAACAGAUUGGAAGAAGGCUCCAGCAGGAGAAGCAAGUGGAACAAUGGAAAGAGUUUGGCAGGAAACUUCAGCAACAAAAACAUCAACACUACCAGGUACAACAACAUCAAUAGACAACGGGUGCCUGAUGUUAUAUGAUGCCUAAUGCCGGUUCAACCAUAUAUGCAACUCCAAUACUACACAUCAGGAUCAUCGAUUUGAAGAUAUGCUUGUUAAUUUCAUGAUUAUCUUCCUCUAUGCACUAUAGGCUAUAUUGUAUUUUGUUGGGACUAUCAACAAUACCCUGCUUGAAGAUUACUUGACGUUCAUAUGGGAACUUCUGGGAUUCUUCUUAUGAAAGUUCUCUAUUGUUUUCUUGGUUUUGCUUAAAUAAAAUCCUUUUCAUGCCAACUAUA